UCAACAUCACUCGAACAUUCACAGAUAGAUGCUGCUCAAUCAUUCGUCGAAUGCUUUUCGGUGAUGAUGGAAUUUCUCAGAGAGAAUUAUUGGAAUUAAACGAAGCAUAUGAAAUUGUACUGAAAGGGGAUGACCAGCACAAAACUAUUACUUUGUGGUGAAGUUGCAAGGCAUGUGGUCGUGCCUUUGUACGCUGACUGUAGAAAGGCAAUGGUCUAUCACCAACGAAUGCUGAGUACAUUGAGGAAAAUAGUGGAAAAGCAUGAAGCAAAUUUUAACCCAAAUGACAUCAGGAACGUCAUCGACAGUUAUAUAAAAGAAAGGAAAGACAGAAGAGCCAAGAGUGAUCCAACCGCUAAAUUCUUCACCAAUGAAUCUCUUGUAUCAUCACUGGUUCAAUUCGUUGGUGACGGUGCUCUAACUGUCUCUAUCUUCAUCGGAGGUUUCUUGCAAAGUCUUGUACAGAAUCCAGAAUGCCAAGAAAAAAUGUAUCAGGAGAUAGCUGAAGUGUUGGGCACAGAAAGACUUCCAAUUAUGGAUGACAAAAGCAGUCUUCCGUACGUUAAUGCUUUUUUGCAAGAAGUUAUUAGAUGCUCUGAAUUUUUUCCUAUGUUUCCCAGCUUACAAUGCACAAAGGAAACAACGGUCAUGGGAUAUAGAAUACCCAAAGGAGCCAUAACUAUUCUCAACUCCUGGUCUGCAAACCAUGAUCCACUAGUCUACGAUGAUCCAUAUAAAUUCGAUCCUUCAAGAUUUAUCACUCGCCCUGGGAAGCAAAGAUCGGAAACGCCAAUCAUUUUUGGAAUUGGAAAGCGAUCCUGUGCAGGUGAGGCGUUUACAAUGAUGCAGGCGUUUUUGUUUUUAACAGCAACGGUACAAAACUUUAAGGUUUGCCCGGCAGAAGGAUCGGCAACUAAAGCAUCAAUAUUUUAUGAGCCUGAAGACAUGAAACUAAUACUGAAGCCCAGACAUCUAAAGUAACAUUGAGAGCUCUAACUGGAAAUGAAAGUUAGCUCGUCACCGAACAAAGUGUAGAAAACUUCCUUGGAGCAUCUUGAUGACCAUUGAAUCAAUUGCAUAUUUUCAAUCACUAAAUGUAAUACAAUAGUCUCGUAAGUCCGAGGUAAAGCUUGACCACGAAAAGAAGCGGAUGACCUUGAAGCGAAACAUCAUUUGUAUCAUUUGUAAUAGGUAGAAUCUGCCAGAAAGCACCCGCCUUCUGUUCGUGGUCAAGUUAUAAUCGUGGCUUGAGCUACCUCGGAUUAUUGAAAAAUUUGGUUAUCCGGAAAAUUCUUCCAGAUUAAAAUGUUACAGCUUUUAACUGACAUAAGGAGAAGCACCUUUUACUUCCUUUUACAAGGAACAGCAAGUUUUAUAUUCGUGAAAAAUGUAUUAUUGGAAUUUGAACAUAAAUUUCGCUUUCAAUUACUUCUGCGAUUUUGACUCGCAUUUAUGUGGGCAAUUUUUUAGGCAACGAAACAUUUUGACAGUGCCCGAAUCCAUUUCGAUGAGUGUUGCCAGACCUCUGUAUCUAUGUGUUUCCGAGGGUAUCUAUGUAUCUCGUAGAACACAAAAACUUUAGCUGUGGAAGGUUUAAACUUCAUAUAUACGACUCGCGCGGCGUUAAGUUGUGAUUUUUUUUUUUUUUUUUUUUUUUUGACUGCAAACGAGUAUUCUAAAAGACAUAUUUGCACGUUCUUCGUGACAAAACAAUGUGAAUUUUAAGUUAUCUCCAAGACAUUUCUCAAUUCGUAUUUUGUAGUCUGAAUAUUUCGCACUACUUAGGCUAAUGGUGGGUAAAAAUGAAAUUUUUACCAACCUCUGAGUGAAUUUUUUUUAUUAUUAUUUACUGUAUGCAGUUAAAUAAGUUUAAUAGGGACGAAAGAUUUCGAUUUUCAUAUUUUGAUGAAAAUCAUCUUUAGCAACUAAAAAAUAUUACUGAAAAUGUAAAGUUAGCACCUCGAAUCAAGCAGAACAUAGAACUUUCGAGACUCAGAUUUUCGAAACUAUACUGUAUUGAAUAUCUGGUGGUGUCCUACUUAAGUUCGAAAAACACCAGACUGAGUUAAUAUGAUGUUUUGUUUUUGCAGAAAUAAAACUCUAUCAGUCUAGCAUAGUAACCUCUCUAGUAUAUAAUAUGUUUGUAAAUUUGCAAUUACCCUGAAGUCAGCUGUGUAAGUGAUGCGUAAAGAAUGAACCAGGGAUGCAGAAUCGGAGGCAAAAUGAUUGACUCCGAUUUCAGUAGUUGCAAAGCCUCCGACACCUGUAUACAAAAAUCUGUUUGAGCUCUACUCAGCAGCAUUUGUAGAGUUGCCAACUCAGAGGGGAAAUUACCGCCUCCGAGUUCUGGAAUUUUAAAGCCUCAGAUUUUUGACUCCUUAUUCGACUCAUUUACCCCAAGUCAGACCAACUCCAUGACUCCGAUUCCGACUCUGCCACCAUGGAACAAACUCAUGUCAUUGUGAAACGUUUUUGUUGAUGUUCUAAUGCAAUUUGGGAGAUUCAAGCUGCUUUUGCGAAGCAAGAAAGAAUUGAGGUAGAAGAGAGCAGCUCUUGAAAAAGUGAGGCUCCACUAUAAGGACAAGACCAUAGGGGGUUAACAUCAUUGAUAUACCGUAAAGACCUCCAUCCCGAUGAAGGCGUUCAAUGAAUGUCGGCAACAGCAGCAGCAUCGCUGAGAGGCAAGAUCUCUCAGCGAUGCUUUCUUGCUUUGAAUCUACUAAUACUGAUAUUCGAGAGCUGUUAGAAAAGUAUUCAGUAUUUGGGUCGGGGGAGAACCUGAUGGAUAUGAAUUAAGUGUGCUUGCCUGAGAUUAAUUUUGAAUAUUUAUGAGCAUGCGUCAAUUUUUUCCCGUCUGUCAAAAACGUCAGUCACUGGCAAACACAGUUUGACUAAGUUAGUGCGGUUUUUUUUUUUUUUUUUUUGAUUUCACGAAAAAUGACAGAGAAACUGGAGCAGUGAUGCAGCGAUAAUCUUUUUUUAUUCAGAGACCGACAAGUGGAAACCAUUCGACAAUUGCAGACCACUUUCGGUAACAAUUUCUCAGCACAUUUAUCGCACUUGGUUAUGAUAUUUUUGUCAAAAAAACAGACUCGUGUGGGUCGAUAUGCUCUAUAAUCUCCUGAUAUAGCUGCUUGUGACUUCUGGCUGUUCUCCAAACUUUAGGAGCGAUUGAAAAGUACGAUAUUUCGAAAAAGAAAUUUCUGCAAUAACAAACAAACUGCGCUCCACUCCGAAGCAAGCUUUUUCUGAAUACUUUCAACAACGGCAGCAUGGCUGAGAGAAGUUUGGGGAGUCCCAGAAAGACUACUUUGAGGGUGAUAAAGUUUUAAACGCCUAGGUUUCCCAGUUUUUUUUCCUCAGCCAAAGAUCAGAUACUUUUUUUACUGUCCUUUUAUUUUCAGUAGCAGCUGGAAGCCAGAUAACAAUCAUUUCUCAUUUACAACUUGUAAUUUUGUCUUGGUUAAUAAAAAUCA